AUGUGGCAGCGCACCUAGCAGAUACAACACGCGUGUCGGAGCCGAACGGCAAUUCAUUUUCUGGCUGAACAGGUCCGCCAGCGUUUUGACAGAAGAGGACAAAAAGAUAUACGAAACAAAUACUUGUGCCGAUAAGAAGAAAUAUCAAGAAUUCUACAUCGGACACCUCUUUGAAACAGCUGUCAAGAAAUACGGCAUCUGUUGACUUGGUACAGUAAACUUCUUUGGAAGUUGUUUUGUGCUUUUCAUACCAAACAUACUUCUUGGCUUAAACUUUAAAUUGCCAUUGCGGAACAUUUCAUUGCUGAAAAGACAUUCAAGGCGGUUGGCUCUUGCAUUUUUUUUUCUGCGAGGUGCCCAAUAGAACAAGGCACCGAUACUGUUUCUGGACGCAUAUGCGGUGUCCGUACGAAGAAGAUUGUGCUGUACUCAUUGUAUAGACGGGGCAUAGACGGCAUCUUUAUAACCACAAUAAGUUGUCUCUCAACACAAGAACGCCUGCUACUCGUAUUUGUGCUUUGAAUCAUAUGUCUACAAAAAUGGAGCAGCCGUUUUAUCAUGACGACUCGUUUCUCUCUGCUUAUGGUCACUCAGACGCAGCUCUCCACGACUUCAAGAUCCUUAAGCAGAAUAUGAGCUUGAACUUGACCGAGCCUUAUCGGAACCUGAAGUCCCAACUGCGAGCUGAGACAGACUUCUACCAGGCUGCAAACGCAGACGUCGGGUCGCUGAAGCUUGCAUCUCCCGAGCUAGAGAGACUGAUAAUCCAGAACAGCAACGGCGUCAUUACCACUACACCGACCCCCAGUCCGUUCUUCUACGGCCAGAGGAUCACAGAGGAGCAGGAAGGUUUCGCGGACGGAUUCGUGAAAGCACUGGACGAGCUCCACAAGAUGAACCAGUUGCCCCCGCCCAACGUGUCGAUUGGAGCCGGCGGUGUGACGAACUGCACUGCGGCCUCUAGCGUCUUCGGCUCCUCCUUGCACCACGAGCCGCCUGUUUAUACGACAUUGAACACCUGCUCCCCGAACACUAACCUCACGUCUGGAUCCAACUACCCGACAGCUACAAUCAGCUACCUGCCUCACCACCACCAGUAUCCCCAUCACCAAACGGCGACGCACGCCACGCACCAGUAUCCGCAUUCGCUGCCCGCAGCCGGCUUACACCCACAGAGGCUCAUGGCCCUGAAAGAGGAACCGCAGAUCGUCCCCGAUCUCCAGAACAGCGACGGCUCUCCGCCGAUGUCACCGAUCGACAUGGAGAGCCAGGAGCGGAUCAAGGCGGAACGGAAGAGGCUGAGAAAUCGCUUGGCUGCGACGAAGUGCCGGCGGCGCAAACUAGAGCGCAUCUCCCGCUUGGAGGAGAAGGUGAAAAGCCUUAAAACGGACAAUGCUGGGCUCUCAAGCACCGCCUCUGUGCUAAGAGAACAGGUCGCUCAGCUAAAACAGAAAGUCAUGACACACGUUAGCAGUGGCUGUCAACUUAUGUUAACUACUAAAAUGAAGUCGUUUUAGGCGACGCGAAUGGGAGCAUGGACAUUGGUUUAAAAGGGGGAAAAACACUGGACAGUUUCUUAAAUGUUUUACUUGUAAAACGAACAUUACAGCACUGGAAUAUUGAUUUUGUUGAUGUUGAAAUGCUUGUAUUUUCUUUUUUGAAAAAAAUACGUCUUGUUCAGAAUAUUCGAAAUACAGAAUAUUGCUCUGUAUUUAUUUGUUGACACAGGUACUUUUCGUCUGAAGUAAUAGACAUAUUUCAAGGGACCAUUUCAUGACGCUUAAAUCAAGACCGUUAAGAAAACUUCAGACACGUUAUAAUGUUUGGACAUUAUGCUGAGUGUUUUUAAAUACAUUUGAUAUUUCUUCCAGUAAAUUAUUAUGUAUUGUCAGGUUGAACCAGACAAUGUUAAGUUUACCUUUUUAAUUUGCAUACAAUAUUUAAGUAAACAUUUUUAAAAUUA